CGACUCCGCUCCUUUCCACCAUUCGUUCCAUCGUCCGGCGGCUUAAACCCUAGGUUCUUCCAUCGCCGCGACUGCUCCGCCCCCGCCGCCGUCGCCGAUGGAGUUCUGGGGUCUUGAAGUCAAGCCUGGAACCACUGUUAAGUGUGAGCCUGGUGAAGGCUAUAUCCUGCACCUUUCCCAGGCUGCUCUUGGGGAAUCAAAGAAAAGUGACAAUGCUUUGAUGUAUGUCAAGGUUGAUGAUCAGAAGCUAGCCAUUGGUACCCUGUCACUUGACAAAUACCCCCAAAUCCAAUUUGAUUUGGUAUUUGACAAAGAGUUUGAGCUGUCACACACCUCAAAAGCUGCCAGUGUGUUCUUCUCUGGUUACAAGGUUGAGCAACCUGGUGAGGGAGAUGAAAUGGAUUUUGAUUCUGAAGAAGAUGAAGAUGAGGAGGAAGAGCUGGAAAAUCCAGUAAUCAAGGCAAAUGGCAAAGCUGGAGCAAAGGAGGAUCAGAAAAGUCAAGGGAAGGCAGGGGCUGCAGCUUCAAAAUCAAGUGCUGCUGUAAAGGAUGUUGAAAUGAAAAGCAAGGAUGAUGAUGACAGUGAUGAGGAUGAGACUGAUGAUUCUGAUGAUGAUGAUUUAUCUGCUGCGGAAGGCGAUGAUGAUGACUCUAGCGAUGAGGGUGAUUCCAGUGAGGAUGAUGAGGACAGUGAAGAGGAGGAGGAAGAAACUCCAACUCCCAAGAAGCCAGAGGGAGGCAAGAAGAGAGCAGCCGAGAAUGCUCUGAAAACACCCGUUUCUGAUAAGAAAGCGAAGGUCGCCACACCGUCUGGCCAAAAGACAGGUGGCAAGAAGGGUGUUACCCAUGUGGCAACUCCACACCCAGCAAAAAAGACCCCUGCGAACAAUGACAAGUCUAAGGAGAAGUCCCCGAAAUCCGGUGGUUCUGUACCGUGCAAAUCAUGCAGCAAGACAUUCAACAGCGAGAUGGCUCUGCAGGCUCACUCCAAGGCCAAGCAUGGCGCUAAGUGAGAGACCUCUGAUAGGAUUGGUGCCUUAUUAGAGUCUGGAAAGAAAUGUGGGUGGUAGUAGGCCUUGCCUGGCCUUCUUAUUUUGUUAAAGAGACGUGUCUAGUGGUGGAUUAUGUGAUUGAUGCGUUCGUGUCGAGACUCGAAUGCUGCAAAACAUGGCUCUCGUGAAUUUAAUAUUUUUGGUUGUUCGGCUGGUAGCAUUGGUAAUUGUUGAA